UUAUUUUAGUUGAGAUCAGUUGGGAUACGAGUGGACCGGUUCCGUGUUCCAGUCUUGCGUCGUUCGUUGAUAAGUCAACACCGACGAUAAUAAUUAUUAUUAUCAAAAUUAUUUUUUAACUUUGAAUUUAAUUUUUUGAUCUAUUUUUUGUUAUUUCAUCAAUCACCUGUUGUUGUUAUUCAACAUAGUAAAAAUACUUUAAACUCAUUCGAAAUAGUCAAUUUUAAAUUGUCAGGAAGAUGAUUCGAGGCUCAAUCGUUGCCAAGGGAAGGUCGAUUCUGCCCAGAGCUGUAAUCAAAGGGGAGGAUAAAAUUAAUAGGAAAUGUUUAACAACGUCAACAUGUGUUGAACCAAAAGGUCCAACAGUUGCUACAAAUAUUCCUGGUCCACAAUCGAAAAAAUUAAUUCAAGAUUUGAGCAAAUUUCAUCAAUCAGCAACGGUUCAAUUAUUUGCUGAUUAUGAAAAAUCAUCUGGUAAUUAUAUUGUCGAUGUUGAUGGCAAUACACUUCUCGAUGUUUAUAUGCAAAUAUCAUCAAUGCCAUUGGGAUACAAUCAUCCAGCAAUGUUGGAAGCAUUGCAAAAUCCAAAAAAUCAGCGAGCAAUUGUUAAUAGACCAGCACUUGGUGUAUUUCCCGGUGCUGAUUGGGGUAAUAAAGUAAAAGAUAUAUUAUUACAAUCAAGUGUUGCACCACCUGGUCUUGAUCAUAUAACAACAAUGAUGUGUGGUUCAUGUUCAAAUGAAAAUGCAUUUAAAAAUAUAUUUAUAUGGUAUGCUGAAAAACAACGUGCUGGUUUAACAUUUUCAAAAGAAGAAAUUGAUACAUGUAUGAUUAAUAAAAGUCCAGGUUCUAAAAAAUAUUCAAUAUUAUCAUUUCAUGGUGCAUUUCAUGGACGUACACUUGGUUCAUUAUCAACAACACAUUCAAAAUAUAUACAUAAAAUUGAUGUACCAGCAUUUGAUUGGCCAAUAGCAUCAUUUCCACAAUAUAAAUAUCCACUUGAAGAUAAUAUUAAUCACAAUAAAAAUGAAGACAAACGUUGUCUCAAUGAAAUUGAAGAUUUAAUUAAUAAAUAUAAUAAUGAAAAAAAUAUACCAGUUGCUGGUAUUAUUAUUGAACCAAUACAAGCUGAAGGUGGUGAUAAUCAUGCAUCAUCAGAAUUUUUUCAAUCAUUAAGAAAACUAUCUAAUAAAUAUGGUUCAGCAUUAUUAAUUGAUGAAGUACAAACUGGAGGUGGACCAACUGGUAAAAUGUGGUGUCAUGAACAUUUUAAUUUAUCAACACCACCAGAUAUUGUUACAUUUAGUAAAAAAAUGCAAAUUGGUGGUUAUUAUCAUACACUUGAUAUGACACCAAAACAAGGAUACAGAGUAUUUAAUACAUGGAUGGGUGAUCCAAGUAAAUUAAUAUUACUUGAAGCUAUUAUUGGUGUUAUUAAACGUGAUAAAUUACUUGAAAAAGUUGCUAAAGUUGGUGAUUAUACAUUAAAACAAUUGAAAAUUAUGGAAAAAGAAUAUUCAAAUAUUAUUAAUUCAUCAAGAGGUAAAGGAACAUUUAUAUCAUUUGAUGGUGCAACACCACAAAUACGUGAUAAUAUUGUUAAAAAAUUAUUAACCAAAGGAGUUCAAGCAGGUGGUUGUGGUACAAAUGCUGUUCGUCUACGUCCAGCUCUGACAUUUGAUCAUCAUCAUGCUGAUAUAUUUUUGGAUGCUCUACGCAGUGUUCUCAGGGAAUAAAAUAUAUUUAUAGAAAAGAAGUCUUCCAUAUACUAUUAUUAUCUAUUUUAUUUUUUGGCUUUUUUCUUGAUAAAAAGACAAAGAAAAAAAUAUAUAUUAAAUUAUUAAUUGAUAACGACAUUUAUAUAUCUCUUGUCUUUCUAAUAAUUAUUAUAUUUACAUAUAAAAUAUUAUCAAUGUCUUCCAUUUACAGAUAAAUAAAUAAUAAUCAAAUAUUAUAAUUAUAUUAAUAUAUUAUGUUUAAUAAUCAUACAAAGUAAUAAUAAUAAUUUGUGACAUUAAAAAAGCUACAAAAUUAAAAAAAUAAAAUUAUAAUUUUUGUGUUAUUUUACAAAGAAUUUCAGACAAAUGUUCAAAAUUUGGAUCUCGACUUUUUCUCUUCAUGUAUUCGAUGGUUUUUGCCUGAAAAAAAAUUUAAAUUUUUAAUUAUUUUUGUGAAAUUUAAUGGUGUUUCUAUCGCUCAAGGAUGAAUUUAAAUAAAAAAGAAUUUUCAAGUAUAGAAAAAAAAAAAACUCACUCUCAUUUUUGGAUCAGCACAUCCAUGUUUUUGUGAUAAAUUCCAUAAACUAACAGCCAAAUUAGCCAUACUGGAUUUCGUUAAAUCACCUCUCAUUAAAAUUCUUCCAAAUAAUUCAACAGCCAUUGCACUUUGUUUAUCAAACUGUUCAGUAUUUCCAAGAUGCUUUAAAAAUCCCAAUAUUUCAUUUAAAAUAAUACCACAAAUUUUGUCAACUUCACCAAUAUAUUUAUCAUCACUUCCAUAUAAUUUAUCAUUUGAAUCAACUUUAUCAACAUGAUAUGGAUAAUUUUCACGAGUCAUUGUUGCCAAUAAAUCCAACACUUUAAGAUAAAAUUGAUAUUUAACAAUUGAAUUAUCAUCAAAAUAACGUUUAACAACAUUUAAUAAACCUCUCAUUAAAUAUAAUACACCAUUAUCUGGACUAUCAGGAACAACAAGUAGUGUUGAUAAAAAAUUUGAUAAAUAUCCAAUUAAAAAUAUAUCAGAAGUUUUUUUACGUCCAUCAAUAUCAAUAAUUUUUGGCAUAUCUUGUACAAGUGUUAAUGCUGCUUUAAAACAAGCAUCAGCUUGUCCAUAGCAUUGAUUUAAUAAUGCAAUUUGUCCAGAUAAUAAAUAUAAUUGUAAACGUAUUUGUACAUUUUUUAAUGAUGGUAUUGUUAUAAAUGAAUAUGCAGCACAUGCACGUACAAAUGCUGAUGUUCUUCUUGUAUGAUAACCACGUACAAUUUUUCUUGUUUCAAUUGAUUGAUGAUUAACACAUUGUACUAAUUGUAUAUUAACAAUAUCUAAAUUUGUAAAUAUACCUCUUGAUUCAACAUAAAAAUUUAAUUGUUUUUCAAAAUCUCUAUCAUAAUUAACACGUUGAAUAAAUAAACAUAUUAAAUUACCAAUUUGACGUUUUUCAUCAUCAACAGUUAAUGCUGUAACACUAUCAUGCAUUAUUUUAGUUAAAAAUAUUAAUGAAUUAAUAAUAAUUGGAUCAAUAAUAAUACCAUGUUGUUUAUAAAAUGUAUCAAUAAUAUUUUUACAAACAUCAAUUUUAAUAUUUUCUUUAUGAAAUAAAUCAAUUAUUGGCAAAAA